GACGGUAGUGGCGGUCGGGUCGGCCUUCCACACAUCCACCGAAACCCUGAUUUGCCAGCACGUUCCGCCGUCCCACAGUUCUCGUUGGGCCACUUAUGCUAAUGAGGGUUUUCGUUGCCGUUGCCACCCAAGCCGAACAACCUUCACUCAACGUCACCGAUGCCGACCACCGUAUAUGCCGUUCACCACUCUUGCCCCUUCUCCUCCCGUCAUAAACACCGUUGAAAUAACCCAUCCCCAUUACGUUGGAGAAUCAUCCUUGCAGUCUAUCGGCACCAGUUAUUUUUGGGCAUAAUGGCUUCACGCAAUUUUGAGAUAUGGUGAUCCUGGUCCGCCGGGGCCGACCGCUGUUUGGGUGUUGCAGAACAAUCGCGUACCUUGACCUCGUGCUGAAUCGUGCAUACCGGCAGGUGGAUUUCCUUUUUUAUUCUGUAAUUGGACCCAGUUUGUUGUUGGAUCUGCGAAUUAGGCGUCUGCGAUAUGCAUGCGGAGUCACCAUUCGUCCGGAAUGCUCGCUAUUGGCUUGCUCUUCUCCUCCAAUGAGGGGCCCGAUUCGUUCACCCAGCUGUUUGCUUGUCGAUCGUUGCAUUCGACAGAACGUGGUGUUGAGGCUGCCAUUUCACGUGUGCAUGCCAUUGGCCUCAUAUCGCACGGACAUACAUCAGUUCGUCCCUUGUUUCCACCUUCCGACUGGAUCUACUAUCGGAAUAUCACAAUGGCAGCCUACUGGGAAUUGGUAUGGGAAUCAUGGGCCUUUCAUUCGGAAUGGUCAGGUAUAAUGGCUCGGGAGAGAUUGGAACUUGGCGGAAUGCAAGGGACAUAUUCGUUGUAGUUCUCA